AAUCUCCCCUGCGCAUGCGUCUCGUCAAAACACUGACCAUAGUCGUAAAGUAUAUGGUGAGGCGAUUUGCCUGUGUUUGCCAUUUCUCCGCGUAAAUUGGCGUUUUGACUGGAUUUCCUCGUUGUACACUGAGGCGGCUUUUUGGGGCACACACCGCACAGUUGUUGGCUGAUUGAGACACCGCACAGGUAGCUGAGCACGCUGAGAAGAUGGGUGACUAUCAGAAUGUGGGACAGGACUCGCUGGGGCUGGCGUCUGUGGAGCUGCAGGGCAACGCUCUCGGCCUCAGGCGUCCCUUCGAUCCCACGGCCCACGACCUGGAGGCCACUUUCCGGCUCACGCGGUUCGCCGACUUGAAGGGGCGCGGCUGCAAAGUGCCACAGGAGGUGCUCACGAAGCUGGUGUCGUCGCUGCAGCAGGACUACUCAGCGCCGGAACACGAGCAUGCCCACUUCAUGCACAUGUCCCUGCCGCGCAUCGGCAUCGGCCUGGACUGCUCCGUGACGCCCCUGCGCCACGGCGGGCUGUGCCUCGUGCAGACCACGGACUUCUUCUACCCCAUCGUCGACGAUCCCUACAUGAUGGGCAAGAUCGCGUGCGCCAACGUGCUGAGCGAUCUCUACGCCAUGGGCGUCACGGAGUGCGAUAACAUGCUCAUGCUCCUGGCCGUGAGCACCAAGAUGACCGAGAAGGAGCGCGACGUCGUCAUUCCGCUCAUCAUGCGGGGAUUCAAGGACUCUGCCCUGGAGGCCGGGUGCUCGGUGACGGGCGGCCAGAGCGUGGUGAACCCGUGGUGCACGAUCGGCGGCGUGGCGUCGACCAUCUGCCAGCCGAACGAGUACAUCGUGCCGGACAACGCCGUGGUGGGCGACGUGCUGGUGCUGACGAAGCCGCUGGGCACGCAGGUGGCGGUGAAUGCACACCAGUGGCUGGACCAGCCGGAGCGCUGGAACCGCAUCAAGCUGGUGGUGACGGAGGAGGACGUGCGGAAGGCGUAUCACCGUGCCAUGGACUCGAUGGCGCGCCUGAAUCGCAUCGCGGCGCGCCUCAUGCACAAGUACAACGCCCACGGGUCCACGGACGUGACGGGCUUCGGCCUGCUGGGCCACGCGCAGACCCUGGCAUCCCAUCAGAAGAACGAGGUGAGCUUCGUGAUCCACAACUUGCCGGUGAUCGCGAAGAUGGCGGCCGUGGCCAAGGCGUGCGGCAACAUGUUCCAGCUGCUUCAGGGCCACUCGGCCGAGACGUCCGGCGGCCUGCUGAUCUGCCUGCCGCGCGAGCAGGCGGCCGCGUACUGCAAGGACAUCGAGAAGCAGGAGGGCUACCAGGCCUGGAUCAUCGGGAUUGUGGAGAAGGGCAACAGGACGGCCAGGAUUAUCGACAAGCCGAGGGUGAUUGAGGUGCCAGCCAAGGACUAAUUGAGCAUC